CCUCCAAAGGAUGAGGAAGAAUUGGAACUAGAAAAACUGGUGUUUGGUGACUUGGAAGGGUUUGAAGCCAAUUUGAAAAACAUUGAUAAUUUAUAUGAAGAAUCUGAUGAAUAUGAAUCAAAUAGUGAAUUAGAUGAUGAGUCUGAUGAAGAUGAUUUAGAAAAAGUUCAAGAUGAUCAAUUGUUUUUUGUUGAUGAAGGUGAAAAUGAUGGAGAUCAAAUGGAUGUGGAUAAUGAAGAUGACGAUGAUGAGGAUGAUGAAGAUGAUGAUGAAUCAAGUGAAGAAUCAGAUGCUUGGAAAGAUAGUGAAGACGAAGAAAUAAGUAUAUCUUUAUUACAAUCUGAUAAAAUGAAGAAACUACGUAAAAAGGAAACAGACUCAACAAUCAGUGGUAAAGCAUAUAUAUCAAGAUUAAGAUCACAAUUUGAAAAAAUUUAUCCAAGACCACAAUGGGCAGAUGCAACAUUCGAAAAAGAUGAUGAUGAAGAUAAUGAAGGCUCAGGUGAUGAAGAUAUUCAAUCAGACGAUGAAAAAACUGAACAAGGAGAUGUUAAAGCUUUAGCCAAAAUUUUACAAAAGACUCAUAAUUUCCAAAAUAAUAAAAAUUCAAAAUUAUUACCACCAACUAAAUUAGAUAUAACUAGAUUGAAAGAUGCAAAUCAAAAACAUCCUUCAAAAGCAGCUAUACAAUCAUUAUCAUUCCAUCCAACACAUCCAUUAUUAUUAACUGGUGGUUACGAUAGAACCAUAAGAAUUUAUCAUGUUGAUGGUAAAAUUAACAAUGUUGUCACCACUAUUCAUUUAAGAGAUACACCAAUUCAAACCGCCAAAUUCAACCAAGAUAAUCAAAUAAAUAAAGUAUUUGCUGGUGGUAGAAGAAGAUACAUGUAUUCUUGGGAUUUACAAACAGGUGCUGUGGAGAAAAUAAGUAGAUUGUAUGGUCAUGAAGAUACACAAAGAUCAUUUGAAAAUUUCAAAGUUUCACCAAAAGGUUCAUUUAUUGGGUUAGUUGGUAACAGUGGCUGGGUCAAUAUCAUUUCCAGUGCAACUAGUUUAUACAUUCAAGGUUUCAAGAUUGAAGGAACUAUUGUUGAUUUUGAUUGGAGUGCAAAUGAAGAUUUUAUCGUUGCUAUAAAUUCAACUGGUGACAUAUGGGAGUUUAGUUUAAAGACUAAAAUAGUUGUAAAGAAAUGGAGAGAUGAAACAGGUGUUGGUAUAACUAAAGUUAGAUUAGGUGGUAAAAAUGAUAGAUGGUGUGCUGUGGGUAGUGAUAGUGGUAUUGUAACGGUCUAUGAUAGAUUAAAUUCUACAAAGAAACCAAUUGGUACAUUAGAUCAACUAGUGACUUCAAUUUCCACAUUAGAAUUCAGCUCAGAUGGUCAAAUGCUAUGUAUUGCCAGUAGAGCUAAAAAGGAUGCAUUAAGAUUAGUUCAUUUACCAAGUUGUAAAGUGUUCCAAAACUGGCCAACUUCUGGUACUCCUUUGGGUAAGGUCACUGCUGCCUGUUUCAGUCCAAACAAUGAGAUGCUCAGUGUGGGUAAUGAAGCUGGUAAAGUAAGACUAUGGAGAUUGAACCAUUACUGA